AUGCAGAACACGACCGUUUGUGCUACUCGGGCGCUUCGCUCAACAUUGGACACAAAAAAUUUGAUCGGAAACCGCUGGAUCCCGUCUGUUAACCUCAGUUCAUCUGUCUUGAACCCAGCUCCAGCUAACCAUGAUGAGAUACCUUCUCUGUCCUUUCGGCUGUCUCAGAGGUUAACCUCCCAGCAAAAUGGGACUCGAACGUUGAGUAGUCGUGUGAAGAGGCGUACAAGGAAGAUGGAUGAUGUAAAGGGGAAAUUGCGUCCCGUGCUCAAUAAAAAAGGCUCUUCCGUAGCGCAGCCUCAAUGGACUGCGGUUGGUGCUGCAUUGACCACGUUGGAACAGUCCAUUGCCAAAACCAACCUGUUGCUUCAUUCUCUAGCUAGUAGUGAAGCAUGGGCUCGAAGAACACGAUCCAAUAGGCCCACUUGGGGACAGAAACAAGCUCUUGAUCCUACCAAAACUCAGUCUACACCAGCUGAAGCGGCCAAAGCACUCACCACUCUCCUACAGGAGCUCGGAGAAAAGCAAGCUGCCGCCGCAAGCCUACUUUCUCGCCUCAAUAGAUCUUCUCGCCCUACUUCAACAAGAUCACAAAAAGAAGGCGAUUCUUUUAAAGACGUAUUUGAUGCUGGUAUUCAAGGCGUGCUCCAAGAUAAAGGAUCAAUUAGGGAAGAUAGUUUUGAGACCGGUUGGGGUAAUAAUGAGCUUACAAUACAACCAACACAGCAAAUGGAUAGCUCUGCGUCAUUGGAUACAUCAAACAUGCUGCCUUCGGCUGAAGAACCCCAGCGAUCUACAUUAGAAUCACCGAUCAAAACUGCAUCAGGGAAAUUGGAGUUGAGUGAAAUUUCUCUCGAUUCUAUUGCGCGAGAUCCACAGUAUCUUGUAGCUGUACCUACUCUCAAGCAUGGGCUUGAUCGUGUGCUUUUCAAUCCAGGUGUUCAUUGGUUGCAAGAUCCGCAUUCGCGUGUAUACAACUUCCCGCCAGAGCUACAGACGAUGCCGGCCUUCACUUCCUUCGCGUACGACCGUAUCAAUACAUUUGUCACGAGCUCUAAAGAUACGCCAAGGGACUUUUCUGCGGGACAAAAAAUGCCUUACACUUUUUUCAUGCGGCAAAACGAUGGGGUUGUUGCGUUCGACUCCGGCUCGCAAUCAGAAGACCCUCUCGACCAAAAUAUUUUGUCUUACAUAGGAGUUAUGCUCGAGAAGCUUCUUACCCUACCAAGCGAUGGUUUUGCGGCAUUAUUGCGGCAUUCACCGAAGGAACUCACAGAGAGUAUAAGUGUACCAAAACGAGAGGCAUAUCGGUAUUCAAUGUCCAAAUCGAUGGUUCUGCGCUCUCAACUUGAUUGUUCAGAUAGUCGACUGCCAGGUACAGGUGUUUUCGACCUCAAGACCCGAGCAGCUAUCUCAGUAAGGAGAGACGUAUGGAACAUUGAGAUUGGUUCUGGAUAUCAAAUUCGUUCUACAACUGGUCCUCUGGAGAGCUUCGAACGGGAGUAUUAUGACUUGUGCCGCUCGGCAUUUUUGAAAUACUCUUUCCAAGCAAGAAUUGGAGCAAUGGAUGGGGUCUUCGUAGCGUACCAUAAUACGUCGCGCAUGUUCGGAUUCCAGUAUAUUCCCCUUCAAGAAAUGGACCAACGUCUAUUUGGAAGUCACGAAGGAGGCGAGCGGGUAUUCAAAGCCUGUUUGGGACUGUUGGAAAUUAUCGCAGAUAACGUGAUCUCAAAGUUCCCAGGACAGGACAUCAAGGCCAUGAUCUGCACCGCCGAAUCAAAAGAUCCCGAGCUUAGCAUUUGGGUUGAACCGGCUAAUUGGGAAGAUUCCAGUACUACUCCGGUACACGAAGUUCGACUGAAAGUGUCACAUCAAAUAAAGGGGGAGAAUGUAGCUCCCGGGGAACAGGUAUUAUUUGAACGUGAAGAUUGGACGAUUGGCUAUAACAUUGUGAACAUUCCUCCUAGCCUUGAAACGCGCGCUAGGCGGGACAAGGCUUUUGCCAGGCAACAAGCUAUCAGAGUAUCGUGUCUUCCUGAAGGAACAACAAUCGAGGAAUUCUCGAAUAGGAUGAAAGAUGGAAUCCUGGAGGGCUACGCUCCACGGACGGAGGAUGCAGAGUUGAACUCGACCGGCACGGUUUCGGUCGAAACGGACAGCCUUUCCCCGCCCCUUCAUGAAUGGAACAAACGUUUCCGUACUCAGGCUACCCCAUUGGUGCAUAACCUCCGAGUACUUUCGAGGAAAGGUCUAGAAGAUCUCGAAAAGUGGACUCAGGAAGGGUCACCAAAAGUAGUCUACAGACCCCGAGACUGA